GAGGAACUAGUGGUGGAAAAAGUUAAAGUAAAAAUGGCUUCCUUGUCUUUGGAGUCUGCAGAACAAUCUGAGAGCCGCCCGGAGGAGCCGACGGCAUCGGAGAUCAAAGACGAGAAAGAUACAAUCAACCUUUCGGAAGAGUUGCUCAAAAGUUUUCAAAAAUCGGCUCUGAGUUUCUCCACUGACCAAGUAUCAUGUCUGUGCGAGGCCCUCCUGCAGGCGGGCAAUGUGGAUCGCCUGUGGAGAUUUCUAUCCACCAUACCUCCUUCGUCCGAGCUGCUACGUGGCAACGAGACCCUGCUGAAGGCCCAGGCACUGGUGGCUUUUCAUCGGGAGGAAUUCAAAGAGCUGUAUGCCAUCCUGGAGAGCCACGACUUUCACCCCUCAAACCAUGGGUUCCUGCAGAACCUGUACCUGAAAGCCCGCUACAAGGAGGCGGAGAGGUCCCGGGGCCGCAGUCUGGGCGCAGUGGACAAGUACCGGUUAAGGAAAAAGUUUCCCCUGCCUAAAACCAUCUGGGACGGAGAGGAGACCGUGUACUGCUUUAAAGAAAAGUCUCGAAACGCCCUGAAAGAAUGCUAUAAGAGCAACAGGUACCCCAAUCCGGAUGAGAAGAAAAACCUGGCCAAAGUGACUGGACUGUCCCUCACACAGGUCAGCAACUGGUUCAAGAACCGCAGGCAGAGGGACAGGACCCCGUCAGGGACCCACAGCAAAAGUGAGUCUGAUGGAAACCACAGCACUGAUGAUGAGGCGAGCCCAAUGGAUGACACUCCUGACAAACUAGAGGAGACUUCUGGCUCCACAGCCUCCAUCAUCUCUCUCUCUGCUGUGCCCUGCAGCACAGGAGGCCAGCUGAUCCUCAACGGCUCUGGUGGCUUUCUCACAUCCUCUCAGCCAUUACUUCUUAAUGGAAACUCCCUCAUCUCCAGCAACGGCGGCGUCAUCAUCAAUGGGCUGAACUUGGGCGACUGCCAGACCGUCACACUGAGUCCUGUUGCAACUAACUCUCCUCUGAUACUGAAUGGGGCUCAGGUCAUAACCAAACCUACUGUCAGCAUGCAGCAGCAGCAAACAGUGUCUGUGACAGAGCAGGUUUCAGCCAUGGAUGCCAAUCAGAGCAGUCUCCCAGCAGUUGUUCUUAGCCCCAAUGCCACGACAACCACAAACCCUCCAUCCACCAUUUCUCUUCCUCUCCAGACUAAGACAGAAAGCAGCAAUGCAAUGGAUUUCAUUGCUGUGUGCAAAUCAGAAGACAGCAGCCCAACAGUAUCUUCCUCCUCUUCAUUAUUAUCCCCCUCUUCACCGACUCUGUCCUCCCCAGCCAGUCUGUCCUCACUAGUCUUGACGCAAAGUGCCCAACAGCAGGAGUCAUUCACCCUCCCAGCAUCAAUUUCCUCUCCUGAACCUCUUACCAGUCCACAACGGGAGUAUGCCAUCAUAGCUGGUGCUGGCUCCCAGUUAAACACUUCUCACUCUGUGGUCGUCUCCAGCAGCUCCACCCCUCAGGUUUUCUCUCUGCCCCAGGUAGUGCCUUCCAUCCAGGGGAUACCAGUAUCCCAGCUGGUACAGCCCUCUGCUGGAGCACAGUUAUCCCAGUGCCCCCAGUUGGUCCCAGUGUCCCCACUUACCUCACCAACACCUCAUUUUCAAAGCCAAACAGUGAACACAGGCAGCAGACUGGUGCAGCACCAGCAGAAUGCAUCAACUCCACCUCAAGGUGCCACCACCAUAGUCUCCAUCUCUCAGCUGCCACAAAAAGCAGCACAGCACUCAGUGGACCAAAGCACAAACUCAACAUCUAACAAAGCCCAGGUCCCACAGGUUUUCUCCAUCUCUUCCCCGACGCAGGUGGUCCCAGUCCCCCAGGCAAAAGGCACAACUACAGCGCAGUUAGUCUCCCCAUCCAUGCCCCAGCUUGUCCCAGUCUCCCCAAUCCAAACUUCAUCUACCAUCACCUUUCCUCAGGUGGUUCCUGCUAGUCCUUCUCUCUCCAUUCCCUCUGCUGGAGUGCCUCUACAGAUCCUGACCUCUGCUCCUACAGCUCCAGGGGUCCCACAGAGUCCUCUGAGAAUAAACCAGCUGAGGCCCAUCCAGGGUGUGGUUCCUCCAACCAGCAUGGCUCCUGGUGUGCAGCUCCUCAACUCUGGGAUCAUUCAGCUGCCCUCUGCUCCACCAGGUAACCUCCUACUCGGUGGAAGCCCUUACCUGAGUGUCCAGCAGGGCAAGCUUAUUUUGACAAUCCCAGCAGGCAUCCAGCUAACCAGUGUCCCCCUGAAACCAGUCCCUGAAGCUCCAUCUGUCUCUGCUAAUGGCCUGAGUCCCAUCCUCAACACCUCUGCUCCUCCAGUAGCCUCCCAGCCCUCAACCACCUCCACCCCGACCCCCAGUGUUCUCACAUCAUCCCCCCUUAACUUCAUCAACUCUUCUCCACCAUACUGCGCUCCAGAGACUGGGACACCUGCCGCUCCCUCCCCUCACUCACUGGACCACGCAGCCACCCCCACAACUCCAAACACAAUAACUCCUGAGAGUAUGCUCACCCUCAGUCCAAUGUACAGUGGAGUGACACCCAGCAGCCAGCUCUCCCAAACAGCCUGGAGCCCCGUGCCCCUCUCCACUUCAGGUGGUCUGACUCUGUUUGACGUGCGCAGCAAAGGAGAUCUACCUGUAGACCCGGCUUUGUUGGGCCUUCCUGGAGGAGAGUCACUGCUGCUGGGAAGCCCCUCGUCAGAGCAGGAUGUGGAGACUAACUCAGCACUGGGGAAUCCAGAGGGGAUGGAUGGAGACACCAAGAUACUUACUCAGCUCCAGUCUGUCCCGGUGGACGAUGAGCUGGGCCUGUAGUCUGUUUACGUUGCUGUUUUGCAACCCCAUGUCUCAAAAAACAAAAAGAAAAACACACAGGAGGUUACUGAAUCUGACAUUUGAUUUUUUUUUUUUUUUUUUGUUAAGAGAUCUGAAGUUUUAGUCAACUUUUUUGAUCCUUCUAAAAUGUACUGUAUGUAGGUUCUGGCAUUUACAACAAUGCUCUCUCAGCAGGGCCGUCAUGGUCUUAGCUGGCACUUUUCAGAAAAAUCCUUUGCAGCUGUACUUCACAUUGACAGAGCGGCUGACAUGAUGCCUCUGAUUUAUUUUUAUUUUUUUAAGUUAAAGCCGUACGUGCCUUAUUGGACUUAUCAGAUGCAGACAGAGGAACUACAAUGGAUUAUACUGCUUAACCCAGUUACAGGUCCUGAUGUUAGACUAUACUAUAUACAGUAAGAUACCAUUACUUCACCUUUUCCCCUCAGAUCAUCUUUGCAGUUCUGAGGACUGCACAUCGAGUUAAGCUGUUUUUAAAAUGUGUCCAGUUUAUGUGGAUCCACUGUAGAAAGUUUACACCAGACAAUCUAGCAAAGACAUAAAUCUAUAAAUCUUUGAGUAUUGCUGUCAUCUCUUUCUGCAUCACAGUCUGAAAAUACUAAUCCAGCUACACUCCAGGAAUACAGGGAAGACGAUAUUCUUCACAAAUAGAACAGAGUUAUGUGCAACCAUAAUUACACACUAGCUUUAAAGAUACACAACAGUGUUUAAUUGCAACAAGUUACUGAAGUCUGGGUUGAAAAACGCACCCCAACUGCAUUUUGUUAGAGAACUGUUUUGAAUUACUUAGUCCCGUAAGUACCAGUAUAACAGAGGAAAUAAAAAGGUCUAUACUCUAUGCAAUACAUAUUUAGUUUUUAAUAGAAUAAUAUGAUUGUGAAAUGUUUGUACUCUUGGGAGAUGAUUGAAAGCUUUUAAAUAUAGAAGCAUGACAGUGCAUUACACUAAUGGUUUGCUGUGAUCCCACGUAGUGAUAUUAGUAUCAUUGCAUCCAAAAUAUCUUUUUUUAAUUAAGUGCCUUAUUUUCUAAGCUUCAAUGUUUGUUGUUUGGUAAAGUGUGAUUAUUUUUUACAGAUGUUUAAACUGCCUUACACCCAACCAAAUCUUGGCAUUUACUUCAUGGACUUUCAGUAAAUGGCUACACCUUUUCUCCAUGUUCAAUCUCUGUUGAAACGUAAUGUGACAAUUUUAUUUGCAUGAUCGUAGCUCUCUCUUCUGUAUUUGUAUAUUUUGCACCUUUUAUAGACUCAAUGUUUACGCUGCCCUGCUGUGUUGUUCUGCCAGUGGUUGAGCUCACAUUGAAGUAUGCUAUUCUUUCCUUAUUGACUAAAGCCUUUAGGAAAAAAAGCUUAAAAAGUAACUUAACCCUGGAGUUUCAGCUGAGAUGCAUGUACCCUGAAAUAAAAAUGCCUCUAGAAUGUUAUGAACAGCCCUAUCAGGGAGGGGUUUAAGCUCCUUCGCAUCACCACCAUCAGCGCAACAUCAUACAGACUGUGCUGCUUUUGCAGAUUUUUUUGUUAGCCAUUAUGUAAAAACCAUACAAAACAGACAGCACAAGCUACUUGAUUGUGAACAAUGGUAUAGUACUCCUGUAGAAACACAGGUCCAUUUGUAAGCCUCAUUUUGAGAAAAUCAUGGUUUAUUCUAACCUGACAUGCCAGGUGUAUUUGUUUCACACAUCCUUCUGGGAAACCUCUCAUACUAAGGUUUUGGAAAAGGCAGAGCCAUUGAAAAAAAAAACUCAGAGGGUGAUUGGAUGAACAUUCUGUCUGUCACAUCUUUAUAGGCCAAUCAGAGCAAAAAAAACAUGUGGC